UACAAUACAAACACGAUACGCACCCAAACAGCACCAUCACCAUCUCCUCUCUUCUCUGCUUUCAUUCCGUCCCUCCUCGGUUUCUCCUUCUUCCCCAAUCUUCGUCUUCCUCUUCCACUUUCCUUCUCCCUCCGUCUCUCCGGCGAAGAUACACAUAGCAGCAACUGCUAGCCUGGAUUAGAAUUUCUCCCCAAUUUCUCCCGACUCGUUCGAAUUCCGAGCCAUGAAUCCCGAAUAUGAUUAUUUGUUUAAGCUUUUGCUGAUUGGAGAUUCCGGUGUCGGCAAGUCAUGUCUACUUCUGCGGUUUGCUGAUGAUUCGUACUUGGAUAGCUACAUCAGCACAAUUGGAGUUGACUUUAAAAUUCGCACUGUCGAGCAGGAUGGGAAGACUAUCAAACUUCAAAUUUGGGAUACUGCUGGUCAAGAACGUUUUAGGACAAUCACUAGCAGCUACUACCGUGGGGCUCAUGGUAUCAUUGUGGUUUAUGAUGUCACAGACCAAGAGAGCUUCAAUAAUGUUAAGCAGUGGCUGAAUGAAAUCGACCGAUAUGCAAGUGAAAAUGUCAACAAGCUUCUAGUUGGAAACAAGUGCGAUCUCACAGCAAAUAAAGUUGUGUCCUAUGAGACAGCCAAGGCAUUUGCAGAUGAAAUUGGAAUCCCGUUCAUGGAAACAAGUGCGAAGAAUUCCACCAAUGUUGAGCAGGCCUUCAUGGCUAUGGCUGCUGAGAUCAAGAACAGGAUGGCAAGCCAACCGAUGAACAACGCCAGGCCUCCAACAGUGCAGAUUAGGGGACAGCCUGUGAACCAAAAGUCUGGUUGCUGCUCAUCUUAGAGGGGGGAAAAUAUUUGGUGGGGUGGGGUGGGGGGAAUGAUGAUUAUCCUGUGUUCUUGGUGGCAUGUAAAACAUCUUAACGAUUUGAUAUGAAGAAUGAUUGUCGGUCGUGAUUUUCUUUUGUUGUCAGUUAUCAGCACUAUGUUAAAGCUUCCAUUCUUUUCAAUGUAUUUGUUUUCGAAAACUCUCUACAAAAUUAGGAAUAUUGGUGAAUAGCAGUAUUUGCCUUGUUCUGUUCC